UAUUUGGAAGCGCCCGUUUUGCGUCGCGACGCUCCUUGUCUCCACACUUCCGCGUCGGUCCUUCUAGAGCGAUAAGUCCGCGUACUUGUUGAUCGGUCCGAUGAAACGCGCCAACUUGAUAAAUUAUAUGUGUGACCUAAUUUAAUGAUGUUCAAUUGUUUUAUUAAGUGAUUUGUUAACGAGAUGACAUCACGGUAAAUCGUUAAACUCUACACGACAAAUAUCAUUCCCGCAACCGUAUUGAAAACAAUGGAUCCCACCGAUACGAACGAGAUCAUCCAGGACCACAGGAAUCGCCAUGAGUGGUCGUUGGUGAGCAACGGAAGCAAUGAUGAACACGAUCUCCCAAUUGAUAUGCGUCCAAACGACGGUCACAGAUUAUCGAUCAUCGUUUACAGUGUUCUUAUGGUAUUUUCUGCAAUUGCAAACAUUACAGUGCUCGUGUUGUUGGUGAAGCGACGGAGGAAGACGCCCAGCAGGAUCAACACUAUGCUGAUGCACUUGGCCAUUGCCGAUUUAUUGGUCACAUUUCUAAUGAUGCCGUUAGAAAUUGGUUGGGCGGUGACAGUUUCUUGGACAGCUGGUGAUUCUAUGUGCAGGAUAAUGGCAUUUUUUCGUACUUUCGGAUUGUAUCUUUCCAGCUUCAUACUUGUAUGCAUCAGUGUUGAUAGAUUUUAUGCUGUACUAAAACCGCUUCAUUUGGCUGCAUUGGGUCAAAGAGAAAGGAUGAUGUUGAUUGGUGCUUGGAUUGGUGCAGUUUUAUGCAGCAUUCCACAAACGGUCGUUUUUCAUGUGGAGUCCCAUCCUAACAUCACCUGGUAUAAGCAAUGCGUCACAUAUAACGUUUUCCCAUCGCAAGCCCACGAACUAAUGUACAACGUGUUCGGAAUGGUGAUGAUGUAUGUGUUUCCUCUUCUGGUCAUCAUCUACUCAUAUGCCUCCAUACUGCUCGAGAUUUUCAGGAGAAUGCGCAAUCCAAUCGGAGCCGAUACUAUUACGAGAUCCAGUUUGAACUUCCUGGGAAAGGCAAAAGUGCGAACAUUGAAAAUGACAAUAAUUAUUGUGUUCGUGUUUUUUGUGUGUUGGACGCCCUACAACGUGAUGUGCGUGUGGUACUGGUACGAUAGAAAGUCGGCUGAGAUGGUGGAUCAAAGGAUUCAAAAGGGCCUGUUUCUUUUCGCUUGCACAAAUUCCUGCAUGAAUCCAAUUGUAUACGGGGCGUUUAACAUACGAGCUAGACGUCAGGGAGCCCAGGCACCGGAAAACAAUUCAGAACGAGCAAGCAGCGUCCGUCAGCGGGACGUUGUCUGUCUAGUAUCGUGGAAGAAACCAGAAAAACAGGUGUCGGUGAAGCAGCACCAGGACGUGUGCACCAAUUGUCGGGACAAAUACGAAUUCCGUCCGGGCACCAUAAAUGGGAAAUGACGCAAGGGCAAACGCAGCAGACGCUGUUCCUGUUCCCUUGACUAUCCAUCCGAAAUGACCAUCACGGACACAUCAUUGUAAAUAUUAUUGUAUGUAUAUUAAGAUUUAAGAUUUUUUUUUGUAAUAUAUCAACAAAUAAUAAAUAUUGAGGUGUA